AUGGACAAAGACAACUUGCUUAAGUCUUUAGCGGGAACGUUAGAUUCGGACUUUCAAGUCAGGAAACAAAGUGAACAAGAAUUGCAUGUUUUUGAAGUUCAACCUGGGUUUACUGCGUACUUACUUGACUUGAUCAUGGAAGAGGAUGUUCCACUUGGAAUUCAAAUAAGUGCCGCAAUUUUCUUCAAAAAUAGAGUUGUCAACUAUUGGUUGAUUUCUGAAAACAAGGCUGCAACACCAUUGAAUAUCCAGGAUAAUGAAAAACCGAUCAUCAAAGAGAAAUUGGUUCAAACAUUGGUUAAAAAGCACAAGAAUAACCAGUUAAAAUUACAAUUAGCUACUGCUAUGCAUAACAUUUUGAACUCUGAAAAAUGGGAGGAGUUGAUACCUGUGAUUAAGAAGUUGAUUAGUGAUUUUGAUAAUCUUGACCAUAUAUACACGGGGUUGAUAUGCUUAUAUGAAUACACUAAGAAUUACAGAUGGGCAGGUUUGGAGACCUCGAGCUCGACUAAUCCAGUGUUAGAAGAAAUCACCACCGAAAUGUUUCCUAUUUUAGAGAAUUUGGUUACGAAUUUAUUGAAUAAUGAUUCUCAGGUUACCGAUGAAAUGUUGUACAUGAUCAUUAAAAUAUUUAAGUUCACAACCUUCUCAUCAUUACCAAGUUACUUCCAAGAUCAAUCAAAAUUAGGAAAUUGGUGCCACUUGCAAAUUCUUAUCAUAAACAAGCCAUUACCGGCAUCAGUUAUGGAAGAGGAUUCUAUUGAAAUGAGAACUUCCAAUCCUAGAACCAAGACUGUUAAAUGGUGUUUUGGUAACUUGCAUAGAUUAUUGACCCGUCACGGGGGUGGUUUCAGUACAAAGGAUAAGGCUAAUAAUGAGUUUGCAAAAUCAUUCUUGGAGAAUUUUGUUCCAGAGAUUUUGAGUGCUUACUGGACGAUUAUCGAGAAUUGGUCCGUUAAGAAAGUUUGGUUAUCCGAAGGAUCUUUAUAUCAUAUGAUCUCAUUCUUGGAGCAGUUGAUUGAGACACCAGCUUGGGCUUUAAUUUCUGACAAAUUGGACGCUAUCAUUCUUCAUGUCAUCUUGCCUACUUUAAAUGCUAACGAAGAAACUAUAGAGUUAUACGAGGAUGAACCGGAUGAAUAUAUCAGAAGAUUCUUUGAUAUCAACAGAGAAAGCAACACUGCGGAUGUAGCAUCUAUCAACUUUAUUUUUAGGUUGUCUACCAAAAAGUUUAAAUCUACUAUCAACCAAGUCUUAGGAAUAGUUAAUAGUAUCUUCAGUAGAAGAAAUGAAAAUCGCCAAGAUAUUGCGACAGCAAUGGAAACUGAGGGUGCUUUACGUGUGUUGUCAACAUUAUCAUAUAAAUUAGAUAAGAAGUCGUCACCGGUUCAAGGCCAAUUGGAUCAAUUGUUACAUACAUUUAUCUAUCCUGAAUUAUCAGAUGAAACAGUUUCUAAAACUCCUUGGUUGACCGCAAGGGCAUGUGACACUUUGGCUAUGUUUGUUUACAAAUACCAAGAUCAACAAGUCUUACAAGAUAUAUUUCAAGCUGUUGUUAAGUGUUUCCAAAACCAAGAACAAUUUCCAGUCCAGCUUACCGCAGUUGAUGCGUUACGUACGUUAGUGGAUGAAGAAUUAGUAGCUGAACAUAUUUCUGGACAGGCUCCGCAAUUGAUGGGUACAUUAUUGGAUAUGUCAAAAAAGUUUGAAUCAGAUAUUUUAACCAGUGUUAUGGAUUCAUUCGUUGAAAAAUUUGCUAAGAACUUAGAGCCAUAUGCUCACGAAUUAUCUUCAAAAUUGGUUGAGCAGUUCCUUAGAUUAGCCUCUGAGUUGUUGGACCAACAGACUAGUAGUACCAGUAAUAAUAUUGACCUUGACAAAGAAUAUCAAGCAUCUGGUAUUUUAAAUACUUUAACUACCUUGGUUAUUGCUAUGAAUUCUUCUCCAAACGUUGCAGCUUCCAUGGAGAGUGUUAUACAAGAUAUGGUUAAGUUUAUUCUUGAAAAUGCUAUGGUUGCCUUCUUAGGUGAAGCCAUUGAAAUUCUCGAAUCUAUUUUGUUCAGUACCCAACAUGUUUCACCUACUUUGUGGAACUUAUUCCAAUCUUGUAUUGAUUCUUUCGAUACUUAUGCAUUGGAAUAUUUUGAUACAUUUCAACCAUUUUUUGAAAGUGUUAUCAACCACGGUUUCAGCCAAAGUGAAGUUACAAUUGAAACACCAUAUGUACAAUCAUUACUUAAUGUCUGCUUCAAUAUUCUUAGCAGCGAUUCAUUGGAUCCAAUUUUCGCAGACUGUGCAUUUGAAUUAAUUGAGUUAACCAUAUUAAGUAUGAACACCAGAUUUAUUUCAUUCUUGCCAAGAUUCUUGCCAGAAAUCUUUAAUGUCUUCACCAAUUUGGAAUCUCAAGAUGCAUUUGAUGGUUAUAUGUUACAUCACUUGUCAGUAUUGAAGAUAUUCUUCGGAUGUCUUUACAUUGACCCAUCUACGACUUUCAAAUUCUUAAACGAGAAACAAUUUACUGGUGGAUUUUUCCAAUUAUGGAUUAAGUAUUCUGGUGAUUUCCAAAGUGUUUACGGUUGUAAGAUUCAAAUCUUAUGUUGCUUGUCUAUAUUAUGUGAUGCUGAUUUAUCUUUGAUUCCACAACCAGAAACUAUUCUGGAAGUAACAGAUUUGUUAAUUUCAAACUUGGAAGUUUUACCACACGCUAUCAAGGCCAGACAAGAUAUCCUCUCCGAAGACCGUGGUAUGAAGCAAUAUUCAGCCAACACAGGUGGUGAUGAUGAUGAAGAAGAUGAGUAUGAUGAUGCUUAUUUCGAAGGAGAUGAAUUCGAAGCAGACGAAGCAGAAUUAGAAGCUAUGAAACAAACUCCUAUUGAUAAUAUCAAUGUAUUUGAAGUAUUUGCAAAUAAGGUUAUGUCUUUACAACAGCAAGAUUCGGGUAAAUAUUCAGGUAUUUUUGGUGGCUUAGAUUCUAGCCAGCAAGAUACGGUUGCUAAGAUUAUACAAAUUAAUCAGCAACAACAAGAGCAACAGAAUAAGUAA